GAUGAUGCUUUGCGGCUGAUUCUGCCCUCCUCGCGGAUGAUGGCGGCGAGACUGAAACCGUGUUAAUUAUAAUCUAUAUAGCCUGGCAACGUCUAUACAUUUUUACCUUCAUUUAAUUCGUCUUUAAUCGUUUACUAAACAUAUUUUUUUCUGUGCACAUCAGAAACGGGUCUGGCGUCAGAAUGACUAAUGAAGAACCUCUCCCGAAGAAGGUUCGCCUUAGUGAAUCUGAUUUGAAGACCCUGACCAGAGAAGAAUUGUGUGCAAGGUGGAAACAACAUGAAGCUUAUGUCCAGGUCCUCGAAGCAAAAUAUGCUGAUUUAAACUCGAACGAUGUGACAGGGCUGAAGGAGUCUGAGGAGAAGCUAAAGCAGCAGCAGCAGGAGUCUGCGCGCAGGGAGAACAUUCUAGUAAUGAGGCUGGCCACCAAGGAGCAGGAGAUGCAAGAGUGCACCACUCAGAUCCAGUACCUGAAGCAAGUGCAGCAACCCAGCGCAGCCCAACUCCGGUCCACCAUGGUCGACCCAGCCAUCAACUUAAUUUUCCUCAAAAUGAAGGCUGAACUGGAACAGACUAAAGACAAACUGGAGCAAGCCCAAAAUGAACUGAGUGCCUGGAAAUUUACACCUGAUAGGUAAACACAACCAAAAUAACUCCCCCCUCCAAAAAAAAGCGCAAACAAACAGACAAAAAAAGUCAAGACUUUUCCAGACUUGCCCCCCACCCGCUCUUCUGCAGGAGUGCAGACUUAUGGUGGGGGAGGUGGCUGUGACAAUGCUAUAUUUCACCAGUGAGACUCAGACAUUUAAAAAACCCAGACUCAAAAGACAUUCUCUCUUGUACUUGUCCUGCUAGAACAUUUACUACUGUAAUGUAAGCAUGAACACUACACUGAAAAAGCAAAGCUUUGGUCAGGUGACUUCUGUUUCAGCUGCCCCCUCUCUCCCCUGCUGGUGCAGGGGCCAGGAGGAAAAUUGGGACACUUCCUGAAGAGGUGGUCGCCUUGGGAACGUGGCCCCACACCCACCCCCUCACACACCCACUGCUCCAUGCUAGACAGUUUGCUGGUAUUGUAAACAAACAAACAAACAAACCGAGAGCUCUCAAGGUGGUGGCCUUGACAUGGCGAGACAUGGGCCAGGCUGCAGUGCGAGAACUUUAGUCUUUAAAAUCCACCAAUUGAACAUUUUUUCUUUUAGAAAGAGACAUCCCUGUUAAAAUGGUUGACAGUGGAAUGCAUAUGCCCCUCUCUGUUCCUCUUCAACCCCCCCCCCCCCCCCCCCCCAAAAUGUCACGAGACUUUUAAGCAUCGGGGAAAGACACUAGCGUUUCCACGUAACUCUCCGCUAGAGUGAUGUAAGACAGAGGGGAGGUGCUCAUGCAGUGAUUCAAGACUGUGGGUGCUGGGGGGUGGAGCUAAGAGUGAUGUAAGCAUUUGGGGAGGAGCCAAAGACAAUGAUGUAAGACUCUUGGGGGAGGAGCCAGACCCUUCACUCGCCAAAGACUUUGAAUAACGCAACAUAACGGUAGUGUUUUUCAAACUCUUACUUUUUAUCUUUUUGUUUCUGUUUCUGUUGAAUUUAUUCUUUUGUUGUUUUUGUUGGAGUUGGAGUUUUAAGGGUGCUUUUCACGUACAGCGGUGGCUUUUAAAAUUAUUUAUCAUGUUUAAUACUCUGCAUAAUUUUUGGACCAGCUCAAAUUUUGAGUAACUUCUACACUGCUGUAUGUGCAAAGAUAUGUUUCUCAUUAUUGAAUGCAAAUGUAUGAACUUGAAGAAAUGUUUACUGUUUUUGAAUUGUAUUGAUUAUAUUACUGCUGUAAUCUUAACUAAUCCAACGUUGACAACAAGUUUGAUAACUUCAUAUUUUCUGCCAUCCUCUUAGUCAGCCUUGGGUGCCGUUUCGAAAUUCAAUCUGUUCAUGUCUAAUACAAUAUAUUUUAUUUCCAGGUAAAAUGCAGGUAAAGGUCUGGUUGAUUUUUUCUGUAUUGAGUGUUUUCAUUCUCACGUGAAAUGUACUGUUUGGGGAAGAUGUGUUUACAUGGGUCAUCUGACUAAAUGUGAUCACACACCAACAGAAAGUGUGUUUUGAUGUAAGGGAUCAUAUAGAGUAAUGUGGUCAAAGUAAUGUGAAAUGAAAUCAAGAUAAGUA